ACCCAUUCAGUUUGCGCUCUCGCUCUGAUUAUUUCUGUCCUUUCUCAAGCUCUUUGCGGUGCUGCAGUUGUUGCUGUGUGUGUGUGUGUGUGUGAAGAUCCCGAGUUUGUCAAACCGCCUGCAUCCAUUCCCCAGAUCGGGUGGGUGGUUGGGUGAGGUUUAGAUUACGCUAAUUUUGAUCAGAAUUUCGUGAAAGAUGAGUUAUUACAAUCAGGGUCCACCUGUGGGAGCACCUCCUCCGCAAUUCGCUCCUCAAGGUUAUCCGCCUCAGGGUUAUCCACCUCAGGGUUACCCACCGCAAGGAUACCCUCAGCAGGGUAGCUACCCACCUCAAGGAUACCCUCAACAAGGGUAUCCGCAACAAGGGUAUCCUCAGCAGCAACAGAAUAAGAGUCCAUCAUUCUGUGAAGCAUUUCUUGCAGCUUUGUGCUGUUGUUGUUUGCUUGAUGCAUGCUUCUAAAGACGGUCACGCGCAACGUGGAUGGAGCAGCGCACGAAUGCAAGUUCUAUGGAAAGUAACAUUCGUUUAAUUUCGUUUAUGUCUUCAAUUCCGCCUUGAUUCCUAGCUGGUGUUCUGGUACUCUCUUAAAAAGCUGCGACUUAGUCUUGAAUGCAGGUGGCUGGUGGCUGGGUUAGAAUCAAAUUGGUUCAAUACAAUCUGCACCUUAAAUCACUUGGCAUGGGAAGUCGUAAAUGUAGAUUUCUGGUAAAUGUUAUGGGCGUGAACAUGGAGACUAUUCGUUUUGUGGAACCUAUGGACAGUGACGUUGUUGCAGCAGCUGUGGCGUGAUUUCGAUUUUUUUGGAUCAGACUGGAAUUCAUGUGCAUUUGGUGGCGAUUUCGAUAGAUGUUUUUUUAUUUUUAACUCUUUCUCUCUUUUCUUUCCACGGUAUGUUGGAUGAAUAACUAAUUAAAGCACUGUGUGUAUUGAACAUUUGAACUA